AUGAUGUUCCAUUCCACCAUCCUCAAGGCCCUCAGCCACCAUGCUAUUCAGACUCCUGACAAGGUUGUCUUCACCUGGGUUGAUGGCAAAUUUAAGGAGCAACGGAAGAUGACAUUCAAGAAGCUGGAAGACGAAUCCAAUGCCGUGGCUGCUCGUCUGCUCAAACUUGGAUGUAAGAAGGGAGAUCGCGUCAUGAUUGCCUAUCCCUUUGGUCUUGAGUUCCUGGCUGGCAUGUUUGGAGCCAUGAAGAUUGGAGUUGUCCCCUGUUCCAUCUAUCCACCAAAUCCCAACCAGCUCAAAACUGAUAUGCCCAAAUUCCGCGGUUUUGCGGCAGAUGCUGGAGCCAAGUAUGCUCUUUCCACCAACACAUUUGCUACUGCCAUGACCGCAGCCAGCAUCCUCUACAAGACUGGUGUGACUUGGAUUGGAACCGACAAACUCUCAAUUAAGAAGAGCAACAGCAACAAGCCCAAAGAUUACGAGAAGUUCGAGGGAGAGACAGAAGAUAUAUGCUUUAUCCAAUACACCUCUGGCAGUACUGGAUAUCCCAAAGGAGUCAUUAUCAGUCACCAAAAUCUUGCAGAAAAUUGCAUUGCUAUUUCUGCCAUGUCUGGUACAAAUGCUUCCAAUGUUGACACUACAGUGGGAGCCUUGUGGGUCCCACAAUACCAUGAUAUGGGGCUUGUGGCAGGCUUCAUGACGACACUUUAUGCUGGAACUUCCCUUGUCAUGGCAUCCCCCUUGGAUUUUGUGGCCAAUCCUCUACUCUGGUGUGAUAUGGUCGAGACCUACAAGGCCACCCUUACUUGUGCCCCAAACUUUGCCUAUGCCUUGCUACUCAAACGCUUAGAGCAGGCCAACCGAAAAGCUGACUGGAGCUGUACCCUUUCCGUCAAUCCUGAUCAUAUCUACAACAUCUAUGGGCUUGCUGAGUCUGUGGUGUUCCUCACAGGUGGCUCUACCUACCCUGACUCUGAAGGGCUUCUCUGCUGUGGUGAAGUAGACUCCCCAACCCUAAAGCUUCGAAUUGUUGAGGAUGGAAAAGAGGUUGAAGAAGGGCAGGUUGGAAGCAUUUGGGCCCAGUCACCACGGGUGGCAGCUGGGUACUAUGGCCAGCCUGAGCUAACAGCUGCGACUUUUGCCAAUGUUUUACCAGGCUAUGAUGGCAGCUGGCUAGACACUGGUGAUUUGGGCAAGAUAGUGGAUGGGCAGCUCUAUGUCACUGGACGAGUCAAAGAUGUUAUCAUUGUCAAUGGGAAGAACUACUACCCAACAGAUGUGGAGCUUUCUAUUGAUGAAACUUUUGGUCACAUCAUCCGUCCAGGGAGGACUACUGCCUUCCAGCAUGGGGAAGACAGUGUUGGUAUCACAGUUGAGGGCCGGAAGGACUUUGACAAGACAGCAAAUGAAUCCUUAGCAGUCCAGAUAGCCAACCAUGUAUCCCAAGCGCAUGGUCUUUUCGUGUCCGAGGCAGUGGUCCUAAAGUUGGGUGUGACACCAAAAACCACCUCUGGCAAGCUGAAGAGGAGUGAGAUCAGGCAGACUACAGUUGCAGGUGACUGGAAAGAAUCGUCUGUGCUCCUACACUUUGAACGGAAUGAAGUUGCUGCUCCUCUUCCUCAGCCACAUGUUGCUGUUGUGGGAGCUGGAGCUGCUGGCCUCACUGCUGCAAUCCGAUUGGCUCAACGAAACAUCAAAGUGACACUGUUAGAAUGCAAUGAGCAAAUUGGUGGACAUGCAAGACACGUGGAAGUUUUUGGGCAUGAGCGUAACCCUGCUUUUGGUCUGUUUCUUGCGGAAGAAUUGCCAAACCUGAUGGUUCUGGCAGAAGAGCUUGAGGUGGAGACAAUUCAUUUUGCUGGAACGGGGCAAGAUGAGACAAUUGGGGAUUUUCUUGAACAAAAAGGAUUUGAUCAUCGCUUUGUUGUCUAUUUCUACAUUGGCAAAAUUGUCAGCUUCUUUCCUGGGCAGAAAAUCCAGGACUACCUCAAUAUCCCACUGGAACUGGUUGCUUGGUUUGUUGUAGGUGCAAGCAUUAGCACAAAAGAUCUACUUCGGUUUCAAAACAAAGAAUACAUGGAAGCUUUUGAGGCAAAAUUGAAGAGCCUAGGUGUGGAAGUUUGGACCAAUGCAACGCCAAAGAUUUUGAGCCGUGAUGAUUUUGGUGUGACAAUCAGAACCGGCAAAAAUGGAAAUGAAGACAUCCUGGAGGUUGACAAGCUUGUGCUGACUGUCCCCCCAAAAUCUGCGGACGGCAUCCUUAGCAAUGUCAUUUCACCUGAAGAGCAUGCACUGCGUGGUUUUGAUUGCCCACUGGAGACACUUGUCCUUCACCAGGACUCAAAAUGGGCCGAUGUAUCAACACCCAACAAGGUUGUGGCAAAUGUUCCUGAUUAUGGGGUAACUUUGCCAUCUUUUGAUGAUACCAUCCCAAUCACAACAUCCCUAGUAAGCGACACCGACCACAAGACACCCAUCUAUGUCACACAUGCAUAUGCCACACAUGAAGAGCUUGAUUUUGAUUCUCCAGUGGAGAAGAUGUCAUUCACGCACACAAAAAUCACAUGCAAGGCCACCCAUCUUCGAUACUCGUUGCUGCAGCAUCAAGGGAAGCAUUCUACCUAUUUUGCUGGUGGAUGGACACGAGGGAAAAUGCUUCAUGAGGAUGCCAUUGUUAGUGGAAUUCUUGCUGCCAAUUCAGUACUUGAGGCUUUCAGUAUGGCUCCACAUUCAGUCCUUGAGAGAGAGACACCUGUGCCAUCCAAUCAGUUGAUCAAUAAAGCCGUCACUGAUGUGGUACUAUCAGAUAUCCAGCCACCAAACAAGGGCAACUUUUCUGCUAGAUAUGCCAAUGUUGUCAUGUCAGCUUUUGGGUCAGAGAUUGAGGAUUCCAAAACAUGGGCUGAGAAUGGCAUGACUUCCCUCAGAAGUGCUGAGCUCAGGAACAAGGUGGAGGAAGACUUACAUGUGGUCCUCCCAGCAAACUUUGAACAGCUCUACCCAACACCAACUGAUCUUGCAGACUUCUUGAUCAAAUCUGAGGGGCAAAGUUUUCAGCAAAAAACAACAUCAGAGGCACUGGAGUUUGCACAAAACCUCUCCAAGAACAGGUGCACCAAACUACAGCUUGGCACAAUGCAGAGUCUAAGCUUGGUGGUAAUUGGCAUGUUGGUUUUGGUUUCAGCUGUUCCAUCCUUUUUCAUUGGAGCCUGGGCCAUUGGUUCCUAUGAGUCAACCAAUGAGCUGGGAAGAUCUGGCCUUGGAUUGAUAAUGCUGCCACUUGCUUUCCCGCUUUUUCUCUUCACAUUCUCUGUCAUGGUGGUGAUAUGUAAGCAUGCUGUUGUUGGCAAGUACAGGCCACAGAAGAUUGAACUUUUGUCUUGGAACUACCUCCAAUGGUGGUUCUUGGACCGACUUUUGCACAUGUGGGAGGUGUUGGUAGGGAAAUUUGCAGUUGAGAGAAAGUUUGCUUGGAUCUUCUAUAGGUUGCUUGGGGCAGAUCUGGCAUGGUCAGCACAGAUUGAUACCUUUAUGAGGGAAUCUGAUCUCAUCAAGAUUGGUCCAAACGUCUCCCUCAAGCAUCCUCUUCAUUGUCGCAAGUUUCAUCCUUCAAACAAUGAUAAUUUUGGCCCAAGCAUGUCUUUUCAGUCAAUUGUUAUUGGCCAAGGCAGCCAUGUUUCUGGCAUGGUCAGUCCAGGUGCCAUCAUUGGGGAAAGCUGCAAGGUAGAAAAGCAGACCUGUGUGGAAGAGGGAGCUAUGGUUCCUGAUGGUGUUGUUGCCAAUGGAGUACCAGCAUACAAUGUGGGCAGCUACCAGAGUCCAGAGACUUCAUCAUGGGAGGAGUGCAUCCUAGAUGCCUUCAAGAUUGCUUGGACCUUGGUGGAAACCUAUCAUUUCUUCGCCCUAUCUUUCCUGGUGCAUGAAUUCCUGAAUCACAUCAUACCCGCUUCUCGUUAUUCCACGCUCCUACACUGGUUCCUCCUAUUCCCGAUGGCUGCACUCCUUGCCAUGACAACCAGUAUUAUCCUCAAAUGGCUUCUGAUUGGAAAACAAGACCCUUCAAAGGAGUACAACGGCUCACCGUGGCAAAGUGCCACCAAUUGGGCCUGUGACUUCCACUUCAAAAUUGCAUCCUGGCCCCUUUAUCCAUUCUUUGGGGACUCCCGAUUGUGGAACAUUAUCCUCCUCCUUCAUGGUCUUGAUGUUGACUUGCUAUCAAUGCUGAACGUCAACCCAUACACCAUUUUUGUUCCUUCCAAGGUUGAUUUUUUGAAAGUCGAGGGCUCUUUUGUUGGCACCAUAUCCAUUGAUUUGAAAAGCAAUGCACAUGGAUCCAGAAUGAUUGAAAUUAUUGGUAGCAGCAUAGGCUACAAUGCCCACCUUGCUGCUGGGUCCAAAGUGGUCAGAUCGGCUGUCCCCCCACGCUCCCAAUUGUCUGAUUCUGUCUAUGAUUUGAACAAUACCAAGGGAACAAAUCUUAUCACACCUGAUGCUGUCCUGACCAUGGUUGCAAAGGAAGCAGCACAAGUCAUUCUGAAUCUUUUGAUAUUUGCUAGUCUGAUUCCAUCCUAUGAGCUUGGAUGGGCUGCUGUGGCUUCUUCAUCCAUGGUUUCGGCAUGUUUUGGUAUUGCCCUGGCAAUCUGCCUACAGUUCUGUGUGUGGCUACUCCUAAGCAAAGCCAUUUCUUGGGUAACACUCCACAAAGCUACCAAGCCACUUCUCCCAGCCAUUUUUGGUGUUUAUUUGAACCAUGCCUGGAUCUUUUCUUCGCUUAAUUGGCUUGUAAUGCUUCUGUAUGGAACUCCCAUGUUUGGCAGAUAUGCUCGAUUUAUGGGAGCAGAGGUUGAUGGCGACCUCUGGUACUUCGGCAGCUCUCUCUAUGAGUAUGGCAAGCUCCAUUUCAAAGGAUGUACCAUCGUGGACAGUGCUCACGUUACCGGUCACUAUGUUGAUGGCAAUGGAGCUACUAUUGAUGACACCUUUGUGACUGGGGUGUUACACCCAGGGUGCUAUGCACCUGCUGGGUCUGUGGUUUCUGGAGAAGAGAAUGGUCCUUGGAAGGUCUUCUAUGAGAAGGAUGCUGUGGACAAGACAUACAACUUUAGUGACAGUCUCGAGAACACUGCCGUCCUGGAUGCCCCUCUAGAGUUCCCUCUGCAGUUUGAGGUCUAG